AUGGUGCAAGUCGAAGCGUGGAGGGAGUUGACGACGCCAGCACAGAAAGUGUUCCAGGAGGGGCACUUAGUUUCCAUCACCAAUGCUUCCAUUGCAGCACGCAGGAGCGAUAAGAGCAAAUUCAGCUUGUCGGGUUGUCGUUGGAUGAUUCGGUUUGACAAAAACACGGAAGUACAGCCUGGUGCCAACGAUGCGGCCGAGGUCAUCCCGGACUGGCCGGAUCAUACUGCCCAAGACAUUCCGUGCAGGACACCAAGGUCAAGUUUGGAAAUGACGGCUUGUUUGAGUGAUUGCGCAGUGACGGUUGUUGCGCGGGUAGUCGAGAUGAGGCAGAAAGAUAAUCAGGAACAGCCGGAGAAGAGUUUCGUGAAAGCUGUGUUACAAGAUUGCAACGGGGAAGGAGAAGUGUAUCAGGCCGAUCUACUCGCCUACUCCCCGGAGCACAGACAGGAAAUGCAGAAGGCUUUGCGGGAGAACUGUGUGUAUGAGAUCUCCCCAGUUCUGACACCGGUGGUGGCCGACAACCGGAGCUUUUCUUUGAAGUGGACGAGACAAACAAAGGUGAAGGAUCUCACUGGCACAGCUGAAGCGACGGGUGUGGCCGCUGAAGGCGGCGUAGGGGUGGCGCAUGUUUUGUCGGAGCCCAAACAUGGCGCGAAGGACCGGGUGGACUACACGAGCCGACCGGCCAAGUUGGUUGCGGCUAGCGUACUUGCCGCUUUUGUCCCCGACAGAGGGGUGCUGAAGUCCCUGCCAGAUGAGGUCUGGGAGAUGCCGUGCGCCAUGAUUCUGGACAUUGCCGCGUCCAGCGGAGACGUCUGGUCCUACGAAGGUUGUUCUGUCUGUUGUAAACGAAAUGGUGCGUGCACCCACGGAGCAGACAAGAGAAUCUGCUACAACGCUCUCUUGUCUUUGAGUGAUCACACGGCCACCAUUGAAGUGAGAGCGUGGACGGAGGCUAUGGAUGAGAUAUAUCGGGCUCUUGGCUGUAACGAACCUGUUGUUGAUGUUGCACAAGCGGCUGACUUCGUGGCGGCUGCGCGGAGCAAGUACUGGAUUGCUAGGUGCGUUGUCACCGAAGAAAGCGCAUACCAAAGUCGGGCAGCUCGGAAUAGAUUGCAGCUGGUGAGCGUGCGAGAACAGGUUGUGACUUUUCCAGGCACGAGCAAAGCUUUGUUCUCGCUACACAAUAUGAGUUGCCGGCCAGGUGUGCCUGCCAUUUUCCUAGGUGACGUGAAGGUGGAUGCUGCCGAGCAAGUUUUGGACGCUAGUGGCAGGAUAGUGGAGUUCGCUGAGUUCUUGGUUCAGUUGCGGGGUGAUCCGUCGCAGGAUGGGAAGGACAGCGAAAAGGGAGUGCGGAUCAGUUUUGGAUGCGAGGACAUCGGCGAUACCACGAACACAGGUUCCGAACUUCAAUGGGUGUUGGGCAUGAAAGAUAUGCUAAGAGUGGCUCGUCUACAAGCCGAUUCGCUGUUGCGUGUUGUUGCCCAGCCACAGAUCCACGGCAGAAAGAUCGCUCGGUGGCAAGUGCUUUUCUACACUUGCAUCCGACAGGAAGAUAUAGAUCCAUGGAGGCAGCGCAAGCAGUGGCAGGCCAUCAGUCCAGGUGGUAGAGCUGAGCGACGUGCGGCGCUGUGGCCCACGUCGCAGUUGGCUGGUGGCGCCAUGGCUUCCGAAGAGCAGUUCGAGGUCCUCAGUGCCAUGGUCGGAGCUCUGGAAGGUCGCAACAACAUGGAUGGCAGCACAUGGCUGGGUGUGGCAUCCCAGCCAGCGCCGUAUGUGAGCCUCGGGGAUUUGUCGUCCGGCAUGCAUGGGUACUGGAAAGGCUUCGAUUUUCCGGCACUUCCGUGGAAAGGCGGAGGCAAAGGUCCUAAGGGGAAGCCGGAAGGGAAAAGCCCAGGUAAAGGCAAAGGGAAAGGAAAGCACAAAGGCAAGGCUAAGGGUUUCCACUCAGCGGAGACUGCACACCAAGCAUUGCGGCAAUUUUUGGUCGGGCAUCCGAACUUUGUGUUUCAGCCUCGUGAGGGCGUCUUGCCAGAACACACGGAGCUGUGGAACCAGACAGGCGAAAGCAAUGACAGACUGUACAAAAAUUUGCGGAAGCAUUUCAAAGACGCACCGGAGGAAUUUACGUUGCUGUUGCGGGACAUAGUCGGAACGACGCACUGGCCAGUGGAUCGUCUUAACAUGGUGGAGAAACAAUCCGCUGCUAGGAGACCAGGGGAUGCGUACUCCCAGAGCUCCCGUGUGUCACGCGCGAGCUGGUUGAGUGGUGUCUCCGUUCGGCGCUAGCGGUACUGCACGCAGUUGUGUGCUGCAGCACCCGCGGCUUGUGUUGCCGUAUGACCGUUC